UUCCUCUGGGACACAUUGUGUGUGGCAGUUCUUUGUGCCCGUGGGCUACCGGCUGAUAAUGGAGAUGUUUGAUUUUGAUGUGUUUGAAAGUCACGACAACAUUGCUAGGUAUGCUGUCACCCCAGAGGUGAAUAUGGAGGGAAUCGUCUAUGAUGGUGCAACACCAACCCUGAGGAGUACUGCCAUAGUGGAUUACAUGGAGUCACCAAAAGGCCCCACCCAUCAGGCCCAGGGGGGCACCAUGAAGGCCCCCCAGGCUUCCCAAAAGGAUGAGGCCAAACAGGUGGUGGUGCAGGAGCAGUCCACCAAAAUGGAGAUGGCCAAAAUCUCCAACUCGGCCAAGUGGUCUGCUGAUUUGCUCCAAGCCCCACCCUCGCCAGCCCCAAAUUCUCACCCUCUGCCACCAGGUGCCCAGCCUCUCAGUGAAAAGAAGGAAAACUCCAUCUCCUCCCAGGCCUUCAGAGGGGAUGGUGACCCUGACCAAAGGGCGGUCCCAAGUCGGCCUGACUCCAAGGGUACCCCUACGCCACAACCAGCCAUGAACACAGACACCACCAGCCCUGAGACCCAGCAGCCCGUCAUUGACGCCUGCCCCCACGACGUGCUCUACAUCUCCGACCUCAUCACAUUCUCCUCCCGCUUCUGUGGCUCCAACAAGCCCACGGGCCGCCAGCUGGUCUUUGGCUCCCAGGAGGAGAUGGUGGAGGUCAUCAUGGAGCUGAUCACCACCACACACUGGGGCCGUGGCUUUGCCCUGCUCUUCCACUACCACAACCACACCGACAUCGGGGACCAGCGCCUGCUCACGCCCCCCUCCAGCAAGAUGGAUGCCCUGCUGGCUGCUGUGUGCGGAGCAGCCUUCUUCGCAUUGGUCCUCACCACUGUCCUGUGUGUCAUCUUCAGGCCUAAACUAUGUGCAAAAAGAGCCCACGCCUGCUCCUCCACCAGCUCAGAGCAGCAGGAGGGGCCGCAGAGCUCAGGGGUGGACGUCAGCGAGCUGCAGCUGGUGGCGCCCAAUCAAGCUGGCUUGGAGGUCCCUGCCGAGAAUGACAGCAACCAGCGCUCCCUCGGCCUGAGUCAGCUGCACUCAGGUUCCUCUGUCAGCGGGGGAGCUGACAUUUCCCACAAUGCUGAGCUUGAGUUGUCGCCCAAUGGACUGACGGAGCUGGACCUGGGGACAGACGAGGUGUUUGUGAUCUCGUCAGGACCCAGUCCAAGUGGACUGCCCUUCUGUCCCCGCACGCAGAGGGAGCGGUUUCUGAGGCACAGUGACACCGGGCCCAGCCCUGUGGGUGACUGGCUGUCCCCAGACUCAGCCGGGGCCCUCCCUGCAGCGGGGAAAGGUGGCCAAGGGGGCGGCACCAGCAGUGCCAGGCCUAGAGCCUGGAGCGUCCGCACCUUCCAGGACCUCCUUCCCCCCCUGCCGCAGCUACAAAGGAAGUGGUGCAGCUGGAACUCCACCAGUCCCUUCACCAAGCUGGUGGACAGCGCACCAGCCAGCUCAGCGGCAGAAUGUCACAGUGAUGGCCGCAGGAAAAUCUUCUCAGAUACUCACCUUGAGAGCAAGGCGGACAGCAACCAGUCUGACUCCUCCAUGAGCAACGCCUCCUACCCCCUGGCCCAGCCGGCUCAGAGACAGCGCCGACUCAACUCCAUCAGCAACCUGCGGCGCUCCCGGUUCACCACCCCCUGCUUCAGCCUCCUCUCCGGGCCAUCAGAGAGUGCCAAGGCCCCCGCCGGUCCACUAGGUGCGCACCCCCAUCCCCAGGCCUCUCCCUCAGAGCCCAUCAAUGGCUGCCUGGGGCGGUCACCCCAGGGAGAGGUGCCGGGCGGUAGCCCGCGGGAUUUCCCCGGGGAGGGGGACCACGUCAGUGUGCCUGUGUUUGCCAUCUCCGAGGAGGAAGACCGUCAGCCCCUUGUCAUGGCCGAGCACCUGGGGCAAUCCCCGCUGCUGAAUGGGCUGAGCCAGGAGCCGUACAGCAGAAAGACACAGGCCAGCAGGAGCCCCAGCGCCACGAGUCCAGUCAAUGGCUCACUCCUUCCAAGGGGGCGAUCAGACUGGAGACCCUGGGGCUGCCACGCCCUGGGAGAUGGCAGUGUCCUCCCCUCUGAUUCACCCACAGACGCUGAGGUCCGGGAUGUGAAGUCCGCCUUGGUGCACAACACGGCCAAACAAAUCCAGCCUUCUUCUCUCAGCCAGUCAACACUGCCAUGCAGUGUGGCGGGCAAAGAGAUGUGA